AUGAAUACAUCUCCAUUCCCCAUCGCGCUUCUCCCUCAGGAGAUCUUUGAAGAGGUGAUCCUCUAUGCUGCAGUGGAUCGUGGAGUCAAAUUCAGCCCUCAGUUGCUCAGGAAUCUGCGCCUUGUUAACAAGGAUUUUAACCGCGCCGGUACACGUCUCCUCUUUCGAUACUUCAAUGCUACCAUCGGCAGAGGGGUUUCCCCUACUAUGCCACUGUAUGACCUAAGUAAAAUCGUCAAGGCUGGGCAUGGCCACCGGAUCCGGAAACUCAUAAUCGGCAACCUAUGCCCCAUAUGUACAUCAUCUGAUGAAGAUGUUGUCGAUUAUGUGGAGGGAUUUGGAUACUAUUUCCCCGAUAUCUUCCAGCAACUCGUCGGCCUCCAAUCCCUGGACAUAGGACUUGCUAAGGCUUUUACGGCACUAUCGACAGACACUGACCAUUGUGACGCUUACUUUUAUUGUGCUCCACGAUGGCACAUGGUAAGAAAUUUACGAGGAGCUUGA